CUGUUUGGAGGAGCCGCUCAACGGUUCCGUCCUGCCCCGCGCCUAGGCCUGGGCCAACCCUCGCGCGCUUCCGGCGCGGAGACCCAGCAGCUUCCGGUCUUGCGCGCUCAGGCCGGGCAAUGUGCGCGCGUUGCUUUUGGGUCCUGAACCCCGGAAGAGACACUGCGCAGUACCCUCUUACGUGAGGCGGUGGCGGUGGUUCGGGAGUCGUCUGGUCUCCCCGCGGCCGUUCGCAGCUUGCUGGCCUCUCCCUCGCCUCACGUCGGACUGCGGCUCCGCGGCAGGGAAGCAGCAUGGAAGCUGAGGACCUCCAGGAGGAGUUGACCUGCCCCAUCUGCCUGGAGUAUUUCCAGGACCCGGUGUCCAUCGAGUGCGGCCACAACUUUUGCCGCGGCUGCCUGCACCGCAGUUGGGCGCCGGGCGGAGGCCCGUUCCCCUGCCCCGAAUGCCGGCACCCAUCGGCGCCCGCUGCGCUGCGACCCAACUGGGCCCUGGCCAGGCUGACGGAGAAGACGCGGCGCCGGCGCCUGGGCCCAGUGCCCCCGGGCCUUUGCAGCCGCCACUGGGAGCCGCUGCGGCUCUUCUGCGAGGACGACCAGCGACCCGUGUGCCUGGUAUGCAGGGAGUCCCAGGAGCACCAGACCCACGCCAUGGCGCCCAUCGACGAGGCCUUCGAGAGCUACCGGGAGAAACUUCUUAAGUCUCAGCGUAAUCUCGUGUCCAAAAUGAAGAAAGUCAUGCAUUUACAGGAUGUAGAAGUGAAGAACGCUACACAGUGGAAGGAUAAGAUAAAGAGUCAGCGAAUGAGAAUCAGCACAGAGUUUUCAAAGCUGCACAACUUCCUGGUUGAAGAAGAGGACCUGUUUCUUCAGAGACUGAACAAAGAAGAAGAAGAGUCAAAGAAGAAGCUGAAUGAGAACACGUUAAAACUCAAUCAAAUGAUCGCUUCAUUGAAGAAGCUCAUCUUAGAGGUGGGGGAGAAGAGCCAGGCCCCCACCCUGGAGCUGCUUCAGAAUCCAAAAGAAGUGUUGACCAGGAGUGAGAUCCAGGAUAUGAAUUAUUCUCUUGAAGCUGUAAAGGUGAAGACAGUGUGCCAGAUACCAUUGAUGAAGGAAAUGCUAAAGCAGUUCCAAGUGGCUGUAAACCUAGCUGAAGACACAGCUCAUCCCAAACUCGUCUUCUCCCAGGAAGGGAGAUACGUGAAAAAUACAGCAUCAGCCAGUUCUUGGCCAGUGUUUUCUACAGCAUGGAACUACUUCGCUGGAUGGAGAAAUCCUCAGAAGACCGCUUAUGUAGAGAGAUUUCAGCACUUACCCUGUGUUCUGGGAAAAAACGUUUUCACCUCAGGGAAACAUUACUGGGAAGUUGAGAGAAGAGAUAGUCUGGAGGUUGCCGUUGGGGUGUGUCGGGAGGAUGUCAUGGGAAUUACUGAUCGUUCAACAAUGUCCCCAGAUGUGGGCAUCUGGGCAAUUUAUUGGAGUGCUGCUGGCUAUUGGCCCUUGACAGGCUUCCCUGGAACUCCCACCCAGCAAGAGCCAGCUCUCCACCGAGUGGGGGUUUACCUGGAUCGUGGGACUGGGAAUGUCUCCUUCUACAGCGCUGUGGACGGAGUGCACCUGCACACCUUUGCUUGUUCUUCUGUCUCACGCCUCCGGCCAUUUUUUUGGUUGAGUCCAUUAGCAUCUUUAGUCAUUCCACCAGUGACUGACAGGAAAUGAGGCUUUUCUUCCCCUGACCAAAACUCCUUCCCUGUAGUCCAGCUCAGGGACACACAUCCCCGGGCCCUCUUCUGCCCUUCAUGUCUCUAUCCUGGAUCGUCCAUCUUCUGGGUCUCCCUAAUGGAACCAUUUGGUAUCUGCCCUUUGUGUGCUUCACAAGAGGCAGUCCCGUGGGAGGUGGUUCUGGCCAAUGGAGAUGGGACAGGAAAUUUUCCAAGGUGCUUUUGGGAAAUCUUUUUGUAGGUUUUAAAGAGAUGUGCGGGGAAGACAUAUGGAUGUUAGCAGCCAUAUUGGAACUCAGAACACAGGAAUGGUGGAAAGGUAGAAGAAACAUAGUUUUUGUUGCCAUUGUGAAAUUGUUGAAAUUUCCUUAAUCCUGAGCUUCUUAUAUGAGAUAAUUAUGCCCUUAUUGUCUAAGACAAUUUUAGUUGUAUUUGGUUACUUGCAGCCUGAAGUACCCUAACUGGCACUAAAGGGACAUAGUGUGAACAUCCCACAGUAUAGGCUUAUGUCAUGUUUGUGAAAUUUGACAAAGGCAUAGAAUCUUUUUCUAUCCAGUCAGGCAUUGCCUGUUCUUUCCAGUAAGUACUGAUUCCCCCACUUUUCUGUCUUAGAAAAUUGUGGGAAUCCCCCCUCACUCUGCCCAUGUUGCAUUCUCUCUCUUCCCAACCAUGUCUCUGCCCUCAGCUAUUAACUGUACUGUGUAUUUGUCAAGUUCCUAUAUUGUAUGUACAGGGUUAUUCAUGUCAUCAUGAGAAUGUUGGAACGCUUGUUAAGUACUUACCUUUUGCUAGCCUCUUCAUAUGCUGUUGCAUAUGAUUCUCAUCACAACUCAGUGAGAUGGAAAGUAAAAUCCUAUUUGUACAAAUGAGAAAACCGAACUCUUUAGAGUAACUAGCUCAGUAUUGGCUAACUGGUAAAUGGCAGUGUUGGGACUAAAAUCCAGAUUUGUCUGAGAUGAAAGCCCAUGCUCUUAUCUACUCUCCGUUUAUUCGGAAGCAUUUAUUGGAUGUUGAUCUUUGUUUCAGGUUUUGAUUUUGUUACAUGUUUUUUUAUACUGUGUGUAUUUUCCUCACUCUACCCUUCUGCUCUAGAUUGUCUGGACUCAGGAGAUUGUAGCAGUUACUGGAUAGUUAUUUUUAAGAUAAUGUUUGCUUUUCUCUGUUCAUAUAAGUCAUGUGUACUUACUGUAGAAAGUUUGUAAGAUACAAAAAGUAUAAAAAUUAAAGUUAUGCACUACUAACAUUUUAUUUUCUCCCAGAUUUUCAAUAAAGACUUUCAGGCAACAAUUUAACAAGGAUUUUAUUUUAACUUAUAUUUUAGUUUAAGGGGAACACGUGCAGGUUUGUUCUGUAGAUCAAUUGCAUGUCACAGGGGUUUGGUGUACAUAUUAUUUCCUUACCCAGCUAAUAAGCAUAGUACCCAAUAGGUACUUUUUUGAUACCCUACCCUCCUCCACCCUCUACCCUCAAGUAGUCCCUGGUGUCUAUUGUUCCCUUUUUUGUGUCCAUGGGUACUCAAUGUUUAGCUCCCCUUAUAAGUGAGAACAUGUGAUGUUUGGUUUUCUGUUCAUGUGUUGGUUUGCUUAGGAUAAUGGCCUCCAACUCCAUCCAUGUUGCUGCAAAGACAUGAUCUCAUUCUUUUUUUAUGACUGCAUAGUAUUCCGUGGUAUAGAUGUACUACAUUUUCUUUAUCCAGUCUAUCGUUGAUGCGCAUUUAGGUUGAUUCCAUGUCUUUGCUAGUGUGAAUAGUGCUUCAGUGAAUGUAUCCACGCA